AUGAUGAGGCAAUCGUCCAUUAGAAUCCACAGAAACAGAGGAUGGAAGGUGAAGCAUGUGCUUCAGAUUUGUCUUCUAGUGACAGUCUGCGUGUGGUUGCUCUACCAGGUGAAGCAUUCCCUUGAAAGGAAGAGAUCCUCGGAACUGGGGAUCUCGAGAGCUUCAGAGAGGAUUGAGGAUAGCAGACCAGAGCCUUUGAAGCUGGGAAGGAAGGAUCCCCAGCUAAAAACUGCGUCUGUUCCGACCGAUAGCGCGGCCCACAGUGACGACGAAGAAAGCGAAGAAGCUGAAGACGCAGCAGAACAACAGGAAGACAAACAGAAUGAAGGUGAAGAGGAAGAAAGCGCAAACGGGGAGGACGACAUGGACGACAUCGAUCGUGAGAGAUCCGAUGGGGAAGCUGAUGAUGGAGAGGGGGCUGGAGACGGAGAAGAGAAGGAAUCCCAGCCGGAGGAUCCAAAUCUCCCUGAGAAUGACCGUGAGGAGGCCGAUGAGAAUUCUCAGGUCUCACGGGAAGAGAAUUAUAAGGCAGAUGAUGUGUCCAGCGCUGUCGGUAGGGAUACUCCGGAGGAGGCUCGAGAUCACAGUCACCUGAGCAUCGUUGAGAGGCCGCAGAGCAAAGAGAAGGAUGGACUGCAAGAGGGAAGUGCAGCUGAUCCGACCGGCACUGCUCUGGAAGAACAUCAGCUGCAUGAAUCUCCUACAAAUGCUUCACGGAAGGACACAGCUGUUGAGGAAAGAGGCUUCGUGAUUGGGCCACCUCCUAAUUCUACAAUAGUGAACGUUUCUGCCGGCUCUGUCAUGGAUCACAACAAUACAAGAGCUUCUGUUAGCGAUCUCCUGGAGGAACAUGGCAGUGAUUCCACAAGAUCCGAGCCCAGCAAUCACAUUUUGCCUGGUAACUCCACAGCUUCUGAGCCCGAUAAUCAGACUGACUUCGGCAAUUCCACGAUACCCAAGCUCGGUAAUCAGACUGAACUGGGUAAUUCCAUAAUAUCCGAACCUGGUAAUCAGAUUGAGCUCGGUAACUCCACAAUAUCUGGGCCUGGUGAUCAGAUUGAGCUUGGCAAUUCCUCCAUGUCCGAGCCUGGUAACCAGAUUGAUCUUGGUAACUCCACUGUAUCCGGGCUUCAUAAUCGGAAUGAUCUCAAUUUUUCCACAUUAGCCUUGCCCAGUGAUCAGACUGAUCACGUUGAUUCCUCAGUAUCUGAGCCCGGUAAUCAGAUCGAGAAUACAGAAACACAUGGUGUUUCCACGGGGAACGAUACCCAGUCAACGGAUUUUCCACAAGAGACGCAGAGUUCAGCGAAUGAGACGCUCACUCCAACGGCAGAGGAAUCCAGCUCAGAAAAUGUUUCACCUUCGGUGCUUGAACAGAACGAAGUGACCCGAGACAACUAUGAUUCCGACAUUAUCCCGCCUCAGAACAGAGUUUCUAAUGUCACCGAAGGUGUAGCAGAAGAAGAUCACGAGGCGCUGACCGAUCUCUCCAGAGUACCAGAGAUCCAUCUUGGGACGGAGAAUCCAGAGGACCAAGGCACUGCUGCAGAGUAA